AACCGGUACGUCCACUGUGGGAAAAUCUGUCGCAAAAUGCGCCUUUUUCCGGAUGCGUUCUUACGGUUGGACUUUUCACCUCGGUAGGGUACUAGCUGAAAUAAGAGUAGUAGUAAGUUGUAUCGAUAAUUGUUGUAUAUUCAGAGCUAAAAAUUAUGGUCAGCUUUUAGUGUCCAUUAUUCUCGGCAUCUUGGUCCCCUUUUCCCUUGUGUUCUCGUGAAAUACAAGGUAAAAGGGGCCAAGAUGAGGGGGCCGAGAUGCAAUCGAAUCGCAGACUCUAAAAAAAGAACGGAAGUUCCAAGAUAGAAGUCCUUCGUCUUCCUCUCUUCUUCUAACUUUCCCGAUUCGAGCAACUGGACAAGAACGGUUUGGAUGUAGGACGGCACUUGGGACAAGAAAGAGAGUCCUCACCGACCAAGUCUCUGAAGGUGACCUCCUUCGAACUAGCUGUGUCGCGCGAAAGGCCUCUUCUGCGAUUUAGGUGGAUCAUCUUGUUGUUGUUCAAACUUCUAGUUGUAGAACUCAGCAGACCAUGCGCCAAUCCUGAAACUAGAUGUAGAACUCUUUCUCAAGAACAUCGGGGGACUAAUAUUCUACUUCUGGUCUUCAUUUAUACUAACGAAGUCAGCUCUUUUUUUGUCUAAGGUCUACCUGAUUAUACUAGAUGAGACUAUACUAGAAAAGGGCACGCGCCUGCAUAGAAACUGACUCAGUGGAUCAGGCGCUGGCCUGAGUGAUCACUUAUGACUUAAACAAUAGCGCGUUAAAAUUUUCUUUUGCCUUACAUUACGACUAAGUACUCCCUUUUGAUACAUGGAUGCACGACAUUUAUACGAAUGCCGUUUUGUUUGCUUGAAGUUGUUGUCUCUCCUUCAUACCGCACGCUGGCAUACAUCCGGGGCACGCGUACAGCAUGGAGUCACUCGAAGUUUUAGCGGUUCCUUUCACAUUAAGAUUCUUGUCGAUUCGUUCCAACAGAUGAACAUGUCGAUUUUGACACUCUUUUUGACACUUCACACCUGAAUCGAUUCUCACACUCGAGAGUUGACUCAGUGGUUCCUUAGGCGCUGAUGGCAUGUGACAGGCGUCUCGCUAACAAGGAAGAGAACGAGCGACCAGGCAGAGAAGGAGAGGGCGUUUUUACUCAUUUACGCAGCACAAAUGCGGAACCCGCAUUUUUCGCGUUUGGCCGUCUGGAAUACCUUUGGUUGUUAAGGCUAAUGUAGUACUAAGAUUCAUCUUUAAUGAACAAGAGAUCUCAAGAACAAAGCAUAAAUUAUUAGACUAAUAAAGGAUAAAGCUACGUUGAGUACUAAAUUGUAACAUAAUUGGAGGUUGAAACAUCAGAUUGUGAAUCAUCUAAGAGAAGGACCCAAAAACAAAACAAGCGCCGCGUUCACGGGAGCCAGCGGUGAAGGAUCUUUUCGAGCUACGCGAAUGGGCUUUAAGUAGAACAGUAUCCAAGAAGCUGCAUAUCUAUGCAGCAGAUUGUUCAGGAGAGGUACAAGAAACUAAGUCGUGAAUUAUCGUCCGCGAGCUGUAACAUCAGCUCUAAUCGUAACGAAGGGGUCUACGAAAAGUGGUAGAGGAGUCGAGUGGCUGAGAGCUCGGUAUGAUCUCCCAUGUUACCCUUGGCGCGGCCCGCUGGACGAUUUAUGACACAAUCGUCGAAAAUGAAAUCCUCUUUUUCUUUGAGUCACACUGUCUAAUAUGCACCAAAAUGUGUCCUUCAUUCGAUUUGUUGAACUUGAAGCACACUGAUACGUACUGAAGCGUCCUCAAUCCGACUCAUGGCUUAGUAGGUUUGACAUUAAAAAAUCAAUGUUUAAUAGGAACCAUAGAAGACGGUGGAAGUAUCAUCUGGUGCGCUGUUAACGUAGUUCAACGGUUACUGAUCACGAUCAAUAUGAACCACCAUGACCAUAGAGAAUUAGAAAGUCAACUACUGUAGUAUCAGUAAUAAAUCAUCUACUUAAUCUAGUCUAAUCCUAAUGCUCUAGCUAUCACCUAUUAUAAGAUCGCUUUAAGAAAUGGAAAACCACCAGAGAAGAGUCAGUGCUGGACAGGAGAUGCUAUCGUACAUGCGUUGAACGCACCUUAUGAGCACACCCUCGAUGACCAAUAUGGCGAGCGACGGAACUUAUGAGAAGAAAAUCCUAGACGAGGUUUGCCAACGCUUCAAUGAACAAGAAAGGUGAUGUGAUCGUUGUCAUCAAGUCCGUAAAUCUAAGCUCCUUCUUGAUCUUCUACAUGGUCACUGAGAUCGAAGAGGCGCCCCCAUGAGAGAACAGGGUAAAACUAAGGGAAAACAAGUAGGGAGGUGUGGGGCUUUUCCCUUUUAGAGUCAGUGACCAACGAGUGCCGCCCUUUAAAUAAUGACGCUUAGAUGUUUCUUGAGUCAGGGAAAUCUGAGGCAGAUUACUGAAUAGAUUCGCAUCAUCGUCCAAUGUUUCUUGAGUCGUAUCAUGAGUUUUUGUUUUAGUCAGUACAACUCAACGACUCACUGUGCUUUGUUUUCCAUGUCUCUGAUUCAUAGCUUCGGGAGAGCUUCUACACUGAUGAUGCUUACAAAUUACGCGACAAGCUGAUGGAGCCUGGGCGUGGAAUUUUCAUUAUGCAAAAAGGAUUCGUGUAUCUUUUGUCUUAGUUAGGGCAUUGAUUACAACAAUUAUGCAAAAAGGAUUCGCAUCCCUAUGUUACCUUCAAAUAUUGAGCCACGCACCCUAAGGACAUAUUGAGUGCGAAGAAAGAGGACUACAAAAUGUUCUAACUUUACAGUCCGGAUGGAUUGUAGGGGCCAGCCACGUGCAAAAAAUCCUAUGGAGCCGGAUGUUGGACAUGUCACAUUGUUACGAACGAGGAUUUCUUUGCGGAAUAACAAGAAUAUGUACAUUUUGUUCUUUUAGAAGUUGGUAAAACAGCAACACAUGCGCAGGCUAGGAUGGGUACUGUUGUUAGUUGUACAACUAGUUGCGAUUGAAUAGAGGUCGUUGGUAUGCUGACAGUGCCAUCAAGAAUGAGCACAGCAGAAGCCAAGAAUACAAUUCACAUUCUAGUAACGUGUACACCUACAAUCUAUCUCUUUCCAUCAUUCUCCUUUUUGUUGGUCAUGCUCAUCGAGGUGUACCAAGCUUAGUCUCUGUCCUCCUCUCUAAAUAUGUCACCUGACGAGGAGCAGGACUGUCUAGACAAGUAUAUUAAGGCUCAAUUGAUGCGUAUUCGAAAACUCAAAAUAACCGAGUUACUGACUGAAAUAAGGCGGGAGGUAGCUUAACGUCAAGGCUGCUCUUCCUCCUCGUCAGUAUUUCGGUUAUUCUGAUCAGUUACUUGCUUAUUUCAGUUUUUCGAAUAAACGGAUCUCAUCUCUGACGGAUAAAAAAGGUCAGGUCCUCAUAGGGUACGUGUCAUGACUUGAUCUUAGAAGGGUGGCACUAGAAAAUUUCACUGCACAGCCGAAGCGUUUACUAGGUGCGUUUUUUGUGGUUCAUCCUGGCUCAAAGUUAUCUUUAAAAUCUUACCCAUGUCGUGUCCACAAGUAAGGGCGGGGAAUACUAUCACAAGCAACUUGUUCGCGAUCUAAUCGCCCUGCGGCAGAUCACUUGGAGGACGUGGCAACUAGUGGGCGGUUCUGGAUACCCUGGGAAAAUUUCAUGGCGUUGACCGGAAAAGAGUCAUCGAUUUCGUCAGUCCAGAGCUACAAACUGCCACCUCAUGGUACUAAUGUCUGCUUUGUUUCCUCUCCGGCUGUCCCGACGAGUCGCACUACAAGUGUGAUACUAUGAUCACUACCCGAGAAUCCCUAUCAGUGAUACUAUGAUCACUACCCGAGAAUCGAUCCCUAUCACAACAUGUUCAUACCUUAAAUCCAGCUACCGUGAAAUACAACCGCGCACUUGAACCUAUCCCAUUGGAUGAGAAUCUGAGGGAAAUCGGCGGCCCAGUGAGUCCUCCUGGUGUGGUGCGUAGCAGUAUUAUGGGCUAAAAAUUAUUGAUAGUAGUAUAAUACAAGUAGAGUGAUCAUGUGCAUUUUUCAGUGUCGUAGUACUUCCAGCAUCCUAAGUACUUGUUGAUUUCGAAGCGCUGUAUGAUUGAAGCAAGCCGUUUCUUAACUGGAUUGACAGAGCAGACGAUAAAUUUUUGCCAUUUUAUGGCCCUUUGCCGGACUCUAACUCCAGCGCGAUGGAAAUCGGAUCGGGUGUGGCAGAGGGAGAGCAAAUCGAUUUAUGACGAAUAGUCUUCAUGAUUGAGUUGAUGUAGUCUCCGCGUCUAAUUGGAUUGCAGUCUUCGCGUCUAUUGGGAUUGCAGUCUUCAUCAUUGCACUUGAAGUACCCCAGAGGCUUAUGUCAUCAUGGUAAGUACCCCAGUGUAAAUCGCCUUCUAUCUUGCUAGACAUCCAGUUGUUAAGGAGAUUAUAAGAACUCCCCCCUACGCCGGUAGCUACGCGGAAAAUACGCCGGUAGGUUCUUUACGGAACUCGCUCACACUACAAAAAAAAUGGAAGUGCCCCAUAAUUGAUAAUUGUAAUUUUUAGGUAGUACUACUAAUACCACUGCUAGUUAUCCUUUCUAAUCGCCGUAGCCGAUGACGGCAGCGUCAGCGUGCAGAUGGCCACCUCAGCUAGUAGUCUUAUGGACUCUACGGAUUCUUCUACUACCGAUCCAUCGUCUUCUGGUACUUCUGGUACUGCAGAGGGACGCAGAAGCCCUUCGUUUCUAGAAGUCUAUAGUACAGAGAAAAGUGGGAAAUCGAAAACAGCAGCUGCUUCGACGCCAGUGAAAGCAGCAGCCAAGGGAGCAACAAAAGCAACUCCUGUGAAAAGCAACCAAGGGCAAGGUUUAUGAAGGUUUUGUUCGCACAAAAAACUCUUUGUAUAGAAGAUAGACUUUAGUUACUCAAUCGCCAUUAGUUACUUACAUUUAAGUACACGUAUUGUAGCACGCUCUGUCACUAGAUGUCACUAGUAUAAGAUUCAUUGAUGGAGGCUCACUGUGCUUGUCACCAGAUUCAUUGUUAAUUCGUCAGCAGGUGUUAGGUGCUUCUAUAGCAUUGCUGACCUGCUUAAGAUCAUGUUGGACGUAGGAAUGUUUGGGGUAUCAGCGAUUGCCGAUGUUUCAUUAGUACUUUCAUCAGAGACAUCAUCUUGUCACUGUCAUGCUGUUCAUCUUUAAAUGCCUAACCUUACCUUUUUCUAGUUAGCUUGGCUCCACCCGUAUUUUAAAUGUACUAUCUGGACAUUGUCAAGCUCUUCGUAUUCUUAGUCACUAGAAGAUGAAAAAUGCCCUCAUAGUGAUCGGUUGAUAGUGGAUCAUAAGGAUUUAAGUUAUUUUUUGGGCGAUGGAAAACCACUUUUUCGAGAGUCGGACAUUGCAAUUCGAAAAAUUCCUCUACUCUAAUCCAGGACAAAGGAAUCAGCAACGGUUCAAUCGCAUACAUCGUAGUCUUACGGCUUGCCCUAGGUCAUCUUGAGAGAAUCAUCUUACUUUACUGGCCUCUCCUUUUCUCAUUUGUUAAGUACAAGGAAUGAGUGGAAGCUCCUUGUUUGGGAAUAAGGGAACAAUGGACGAAACAGGUCAAAGACACUGAUGAUACUUCUCUCUAGAAGAUGGGACUGUCUUCAUCUUCAAGGAGGAUAGUAGUACUAGUCUAAUAGUCGGCGUGUGCCUCGGUCUCAGCCUGAUUGCUGGUAUCCUUUAUGUGGCGUACAGAAUGCAAGAGGACGGAGGCAGAGGGAAUUCUGUUAAGACUGAUUGAAAGAAUGAGUGUGGGUGUGAAAGUAAGAAUGUUCACCUGUUGAGACGCCAAUGAUUGUAGCGAUGUUGAGGUGAGUGAGGUGAUCGUGAUACUGAUGCCUAGAUGGAACAAGAACAGUGCAGACUGCCAAAAAGGCGUCGCAGUUGCCUACGGUGACGAAGAAUUCAUUGACAUUGACCUUGAAAUCAAGAAUGUCCAACACCAACAUUACUAUUAUACAUACUAUGUUGUUGUUGAGUUAGUUUGGCUUUGGCUCCACCCAUAUUAUACAUACUAUGUUUAUAUGAAACGAAAAUCUGUUAUCAUUAUCAAGUUUCUGAAGAAGGAAAGCAUGAUAAUGAUAAGAGAUUUUCUUUUCAUAGUGUUGAAGUAGAUCAUAGUAGACCUUCUAAGAACGGGGGGAUCGAAGCAAUAAGUGGCAUUUUCCGGUGGAACGACAGUACGGGUGACACCGAAGGAGCAAAGAACGAGAUUGAAGAUGAUCUGGAUGUUACGGCAACUGUGUACUAGUAGUGCCUUAGUUCUAGCAAACUGCUACUUGUUAUGAGCUAAUAGAUUCUCUUGAGAAGGUCCUGCUAUCCUUUCUCGAGAGAUCAUUCCUAUUCUAAUCAUCAUCAUCCUCCUCAUCAGUCCUAUUCUAAUUCUUAUUUCUACACCGGCGAACCAGAUGCCUCCAAGUCCAAGAUCCGAGAGAUAAAACUGAGUGAAGGCGACCCGACAUCGAUAGACGAGGAAGCGCUGGCUCUGGUCCGCGAGGGGAAUGAGGAAGACGCGGCAGAAGCCGCAAAAGCAGCAGCAGAAGCUGCAGAGAAAGCUAAAGCGGAGAGGCUGAAGAAAUUGAUUGAGAGCGCGAACGCGAAGCAGUAAAAAUCAACUUACUUAGGUAGGCUCUUCUGUCUCUCUUCAUCUAUCAGGUGAAGUCUCAGACAUGAACAGGUUACUUUUCCCCCUUACUAGGCUUUUCACUUCCGCGGCCGUCAAGUAAUUGACAUACUGCUGGAACUGUUUUGUCCUGCCUAUUUAGGCUUGUAGUACUAUAUGGGACACGGUGAUGAUGAAGAACAAUAGGGGGCUUUGCUUUUCUGAUUUUACUAGCAGGAGGGCUUCUAAUGUUUUUGAUAGAUUCUUCAAUAUCGUAGUGGUACUUGUGAGAUUCUCCAAUGAAUUAUACGAACAUGUUGAACAAGAAAUGUAACAAAAUGAUCCGUCGUGCACAUCAUAAUUCCACAGUUUUACAAUUUCUUUUCAAUUUACACAAUGUCUAGCAAUAGGUUAUUAGGAUACUUUCAGCAAUAAAUAUACAGCUUAUAGAUUCAGCAAAGAUAGUACUAUUUACAAGAAGAGAUACGAGGAUAGGACUAGUACUUUCAGAAUGCCGCACUUUCAGAAUGCCAAUCAGCAGACAAUACUUAGCGGGCUGGGACGUUUUAGCACAAAAAGAGAAGGCACAGUUUGAACUACAGCUCUCAGCAGGGAGAUCUAUGGACAGGUUUGAACAGUGAUUCCAAGAAAUAUUAUGAAAGCCACUAUCAUGUCAAGAUAGUCUCAUAUGUACAGAGGACUCAUAAGAAUGGGCAACCUAAUGUACUACUUGAAGAUACUUCAGUUUAUUUCCAUAUGUCGUAUACUGUUCCUGUGGAAAUGAAGAUGAAGAAAGUGAAGUCGAUUGGCGUGAUUCAAUUCGCUCAUCAGGAAAUGGAUUCAUUAGAAUGGAGAUAAAACUGAAAAUUUAUGGAUAUCAGGAUGUUUCAAAUUCGAAAUUCAAAUGACGCAACGAUGACGCAAAUGAAACCACCCAGCACCAAGAUUGAUUGUCAUCACCCAUUAUAUUCGACCCACACCAGCAUGGACACAACAGUAUAGUUAGACGCUAGCGGUAGCAGAAGCGGAGAUAAAAUCAACUUUGUUUACGCCCAGACACAACGACUCCUCCACAGGAGACACCAGACGCCUAUCAUGACUGCUACCCUAC